GUCGCGUUGCGUGUGCGUUGAGUCGAUGCGCACCGCAAACACGGACGACAACGAGAUCGACACCAUGGUGUCCGUGGGUGCGUGGAGGCGCCGCACGCCCGACGAAUGCGAAGAGCGCUCCGAACCUGGCGCUUCCAGCUCCGCGGUGCCCCGGGCACCUCCGAACUGUGCGCGCUGUCGUAACCACCGUCUUAAAAUCGAGCUGAAGGGCCACAAACGUUACUGCAAAUACCGCUACUGCACCUGUGAGAAAUGUCGGCUUACGGCGGACAGGCAACGGGUUAUGGCAUUGCAAACGGCUCUAAGACGUGCCCAGGCGCAGGACGAAGCCAGAGCGCGCGCUUUGGAGUCCGGCGUACAGCCUCCGGGACUCGAACUAGACCGGCCCGAACCUCCUUCAGUGAAGACCCCGAGGAGCCCGGUACCACCGCCUGCGCCUCGCUCUCUCGGCUCUGCGAGCUGCGAUUCCGUGCCUGGAUCUCCAGGAGUUUCGCCGUACGCGCCGCCGCCACCUUCAGUUCCACCGCAGCCGACUAUGCCGCCUCUGUUGCCGCCACAACAGCCCGCGGUGUCACUCGAGUCCCUAGUGGAAAAUUGUCAUAAGCUGUUAGAAAAAUUUCAUUACUCGUGGGAGAUGAUGCCGUUAGUGCUGGUCAUCCUCAACUACGCGGGGAGCGAUCUCGAAGAAGCAUCGCGGAAAAUAGAUGAAGAUGGCGCACCGUUCCGCCGAUCCCCCAUCGACCUCAACGAGGUCCCCAUCAACAACAUCAAGGAGCGGCAUCGAAUAAGUGCGGGAUCGAUUCCCGAGUGGGACACUCCUGUGUGAACUUGGACUACCAUUAGUGUUUAGAUCUGUAUAGACGUCAUUUAUUAACGUGUGCUGGUGACACCGAAGAGAGUACCUUAUCGUAAAAAGUUUAGGCCUUAUUUUAUGAUUAAACUGGCUUAAGUUUGAAACGCUGAGCGUUAAAUAUUUGUCACUUGCGACUUGUGCCAAGUGAUGAAUGAGUACCUAUGAAUAUUUUUUACUUUCGGAACAUUUUAUCUUAAAUCCAUACGGUCCAGUGAUUUUUAAGUGAUACAGUGUAUUUUUAAAUAGCUCAUUGCUUUAAUGUAAGUAUAUUAUGUAACGUUUCGUAAGUGUUGUUUUGUCAAAUAUUGAUAAUAAUAAUUUCCAAAUUUCUUGUAAGUUUUGUAUAUACUUUUUUUAAUUGGAAAAAAACGAAAUGUUUUUGAAUAUUUGUAUUAAAGAGUUCUCAUAUCUGUCUCGUUAUAGUGCAUUCUUUAUAAGAUUUGAUUUAUUAGAUUAUUUAUAAAUGUGAUAAUUUCCCAAAUGAACGAUUUUUAUAAUGAAUAUAUAUUAACUUGUGUAAUUUUUCAAUGUGUUCUGUGUUAAACUGUAAGAAACAGACUAGGUACACGAUGUCGAACUCGAUCGUGAAAUAUCAGAAAAUGACGUUGAUAUCUGACAUUAGAUAUAUCUCAUCUGUAGAGCUAUUCUGUAACUCAAAAUUCACUGUAUAACACGAGCAUGAAAUGUCAGAUGGUAAUAUACGACACAGACAACAAUAAUUAUAAAACUUUUAAGAUACCCGUAUCAAAAUGGUGUAUCACCGUUAGUCGGCUGUCAAUAUUUCUCGGGUGAGAUACGAAAUGAUCGAAAUUUGACCAUUUUUUCGACAAAAUUCAGUCAAGCUUAAUACCUUGCUCAUUAAUAUGAGGAUGCUCCUUAUAUAAAAAGUAAAUUUUGCGAUCCAGUCGAACAUCGAGAAUCGAAUCUAUUUCCUACAAAACAAUACAGUAAAACAUGUCGCUCGUUCUAAGCCGCCCCGUGAUAUUCAGUUUUUUCAUAGAUAUUUAAUGUUAGAUUUUUGAUAUUUAAUAAUGUGAUAUUCUGUUUCGUUCUACGUACUCUAUAAAAAUCAUCAAAUAUACCGUUUAGUUUGAGAAGAUUAGACUAUUUCGACUAGUUUCCCGAGCUAUAUUAAAAAUAAAGCAAAUAUAUGUGAAAUUAUAUUUAAACAGUCAUUUCAACUCAACAAGAUUUUAACGAAUUAAGAUAUAUCUUUAAAUAUCCAUCGCUCGUGAUGUGUAAGAUUAUUUCCAACAUGAUUUUAUAUUCCCGCGAUGGUUGCGCAGGGCGGAGCGAUCCAGAUACCGCCCUUCUGAAUCGAAUUACAGUAGUUGCAGUAGAUUUUAUCAGGGUUGCCAGCAACGGAGGCCGUGGGAACUGGCCGCUAUAACGAUCCAUCGCCAUACCUUACAAGACGCUAAGUACUUUAAUUAAUAUGUUAUUAUUAUUAUGUUCUACAUUAUGUAAUUUCUCAGUUGAAAAUAUUUGUUCCAAAAGGAAUUAAAUCCCUUAUAUUAUAUAGUAGGUUUUCAUAUUAGUAAACAUAUAUUUAGUUCAAAGAAUAAAAUUGUAUUUAGAUUUCAUGAAAUAAAUUGAACUGCACUGUGAAAAAAGUUUCAACCCACAGAAAUACUAAAAACAGACAAAAAAUAUAAACAUUAUUGUCUUUUAAUAAUAAAAAAAAAAGUAUUUUCACUAGAGUUUCUGUGAAUUGGAACAAACCGUUGUAAAUAACUUUUUAACCCGCAACUGUCAACCCUGAAUAUAUACGUAGCUACCUUACAUACCGAUUACUUAUAAUUUGAGCAAACACCAGGCAUGACCACUGCGGGCAUCGUACACGCCUUGAUUACCUUUGAUUUUCUAUGCUAUUCCGCAUAAUUUCCAUUGGCUAUACAGAUUUUAUGAGAACGUAUCAAAUUCUAUACACCGUGUGAAAAGCUAUGUGAAAUUAUUUCUUAAAUCUUUUGUCUCUUUCAUAUUGCUGAUAUUAGAGUGAGUUAAAACAUUGGACAAUGUUUCAAUACUCGUGUACUUAUAUUUUGUUGUUUUAUAACAUUUAUCCUUGAUAUACAUGCUCUGUGUCUUUUUGUCGUUUCUUGAUAUUUUUUUACUCUAAUAUCAGAGUAUGAGUUCCUCCUUUUAUCUAUAUAGACUUGGGUCCCAUUAUCAUAAACGUCAUUAUAAUUUGAAGUACUUAAAUGAUUAAAGAUUUAAAGGUAACUUGCCUUUUUUUAAAUUCUUGUUGGAACUUACCUACUCUAUGAAAAUAACAACUAAUAUCUUAUUUCUACGUCUAAACUUCUAAAUUCCGACGUUGAAUGUAUUUACUAAAAUCUCAUCUUAUAAACAAAAUGCAGUAGUAGACGUCCCACGUGAAAUAAUAUAUUCCAUCCAAAAUCUAUUGUCGCGUCCAAAAUAAUUCCAUUUUUUCAAAAUUUAUUGUAUUGAUAAAGUUUGUGAUUCGGUUCAAAUGAUCUCAGUUUAAUAUAAAGAUAAAUUAGUGAGCUACUUUAAAAAAACUAUAGCUUAAAGUUUUUCUGUCUAUAAUAAUAACGAAAGAGGUUAUAUUAAUAUCUUGUUUGUUUUUUU